CAUGGGAAAAAAGACGCAUGGACCACCGCUCCUGGUUGCUAUACAGAAGAAUGAUCGUAAAAAGGUCCACGAUAUUUUAAUACAAAACAUUCAUAGUCGCAAUAAAAUCCAUGACCUUCUAACAUCCGACAUCAAGCACAUGGCGUCCGAAAACGUCGAUUGUCCACUAAUACUAGCCACGCAGCUGCCCGAUCCGACGCUCAUUUGCUACUUUAUAAACAACCAUGGUAUAGACGUCAACUUCGUCCACAAGAGGGGCGACGGAAGGAAGCAAAAGAUUAUUACUUUGCUUAUAGUAGCCGUUAAACGUCAAUUAUAUCAGACUGUUGAUGAAUUAUUGGCUUUACGAGCUGAUCCAGAUGUACGAAACCAUAAAGGGAGAACGGCUUUACAUUACGCUAUAAUGGGAGCUGAUUAUAAAAUGGCCAAAAGACUUUGCAUGAAGGGCGCAAAUGUAAACUUACAAGAUAAAUUUGAAGACUCACCAGUUCACAUGGCAGCUAGAUUUGGUCAUAUCGAAUUAGUAAAAUUAUUGCAUCAGUAUGGAGCCGACUUGUACAAGGGUGGACCAUAUGGUGCAAUACCCUUGCAUAUAGCUGCCGAAGAGGGUCAUGUAGGUUUGGUCAGAUUAUUUGUUCAGCAUGACGUUGGUGUGAAUUCCAAAGUUACGUGUGAUGAGGAAGGACGAGAAAAAGCUCCAUUGCAUAUUGCAUGCGAGCAAGGACAUAUUGAGGAAGUUAUCGUUUUACUCGAUCAUCUGAAAGCUGAUAUGAACCUACAGUGUUCAGAGGGUGAGACUCCCUUGCAUUGUUGUGUAAUAAGAGAGUACGACAAUUUCGGAAUGAAAUCAAAAGAUGAUUUUGCCGAAGUGGCUAGGGCAUUGAUAGAGGCUGGAGCAUUUGUUAACUCAAGAAACGGUAGGGGUGAAACGCCUCUUCAUCUUGCUGCCAGAAAUGAAUUUCAGAGAGUCGUCGAAAUACUUAUAACUAACGGUGCUAACCCUCUAAUUGAAGAUAAUGAUGGCAAUAAACCCAUUGAUCUAGUAUCAGAAGAUGAUGGUGUCACUAAACAAAACUUGAAGCGAGCUAUGACGGAGCAGGAAGCUGUACUUAGCCAAGUUCUAGAAGUUCAAUCGAGAGGAUUUAGGUAA